AUAGCAUUUUGCGGAAAAAAAACAUGAUUAUUUGUCUCUCUGAAAUGAAGACAUCAAGUGAUUUUAAACAAAUACAUAUCUGUCAUUGAACAAUCCCAUGAUUAGAUAGUGAACAACCCCAUGAUUAGAUAGUGAACAACCCCAUGAUUAGAUAGUGAACAACCCCAUGAUUAGAUAGUGAACAAUCCCAUGAUUAGAUAGUGAACAAUCCCAUACCAUGAUUAGAUAGAGAAAAAACACACCAAUCUCUUUCAGAAAUGCUUUAAACAAUAAAAGCUAAUUUACUAACAAUUCUGAAAAGUGAUAUAUAGUGUUUUGGAAUGAAACUCUUCUUAUGUUUCCCCAUCUGAGCUCAGAGUAGAUGAGAGAUGUAAUGUUUGUCUCUGUUGUGUUGAAGCCCAAACCAGCAGGAGAGACCAGCCCUCCCUGUUCCCAGCUGUGUGUCCAUGAAGAGUGACUGGUCUAUGGAUCUACCUAUGAAGUUUAGAGAGGGAGACUUUUCUACUGAACAAAGAAACCAACAGGAGAGAUCAGAGUCAGAGAUGCUCAGUGGUCAGUCUUCCCAGAGUCAUCAAACAGACCUGGCCUCUAUAUUCAGUUUGCUUGAAGAUAAAAUUAUGACAUUUGUGAAGAACGAGCUGAAGAUGUUCAAGAGGAUUCUUAGUCCAUAACUCCCAGAAGGAUUUGAGAGUCAGAAGCAGGAUAAGGAAGUGGUGGACGCUGAAGAUGAGAAGCAGGAGAGCAGUGCCAGAGAGGGGGCUCUGAAGAUCACACUGCACGUCCUGAGGAAAAUGAACCAGAAGGAGCUUGCUGACACACUGGAGAAAUAUUCAGAUGAGCUUGCUGUGAUUUGCCAACGUGAACUCAAAUCUAAUCUAAAGCAGAAGUUUCAAUGUGUAUUUGAGGGGAUCGCUAAACAAGGAAACCCAACACUUCUCAAUAAGAUCUACACAGAGCUCUACAUCACAGAGGGUGGAACAGGAGAGGUCAAUAAUGAACAUGAGCUGAGACAGAUUGAGACAACAGCCAGGAAACAAGCAAGACCAGAGACUGCAAUCAAAUGUAACGAUAUCUUCACACCCUUAACUGGACAAGACAAACGUAUCAGAACUGUGCUGACAAAGGGAGUCGCUGGCAUUGGAAAAACAGUCUCUGUGCAGAAGUUCAUUCUGGACUGGGCUGAAGGAAAAGCAAAUCAGGAUGUCCAAUUUGUAUUUUCAUUCCCUUUUCGGGAGCUGAAUUUGAUGAAAGAGGACAAACACACUUUGAUUGAACUUCUUAAUCACUUCUCAAUGGAAACCAAACAAUCAAGAAUCUCCAACUACGACAAAUACAAAGUUCUGUUCAUCUUUGAUGGUCUGGAUGAGUGCCGACUGCCCCUAGACUUCCAGAAGAACAAGAUAUGUUGUGACGUCACAGAGUCAACCUCAGUGGAUGUUCUGCUGACAAAUCUCAUCAAGGGAAAUCUGCUUCCCUCUGCUCUCCUCUGGAUAACUACCCGACCUGCAGCAGCCAAUACAAUCCCUUCAGGGUGUGUUGACCAGGUGACAGAGGUACGAGGGUUCAAUGACCCACAGAAGGAGGAGUACUUCAGGAAGAGAUUCAGUGAUGAGGACCUGGCCAUCAGAAUCAUCUCACACAUAAAGACAUCGAGGAGCCUCCACCUCAUGUGUCACAUUCCAGUCUUCUGUUGGAUUUCUGCAAUAGUCCUUGAACAAAUUCUGAAACAUAAGAGAGAAGAGAUGCCCAAGACUCUGACUGAGAUGUACACACACCUUGUGGUGUUUCAUACCAAACAGAAGAAUGAAAAGUAUCUUGGGAAAGAAGAGACAGGUCCACACUGGAAUAAAGAGAGCAUUCUGUCACUGGGAAAACUGGCUUUUCAACAGCUUGUGAAUGGCAAUCUGAUUUUCUAUGAAGAAGACCUGAAGGAGGCUGGCAUUGAUGUCAGUGAAGCCUCAGUGUACUCAGGAUUGUGCACACAGCUCUUUAAAGAGGAAUGUGUGCUGUACCAGGACAAGGUGUACUGCUUUGUUCAUCUGAGCAUUCAGGAGUUUCUGGCUGCUGUUUAUGUGUUCCUCUCAUUCAUCAACAACAAUGAGAAUCUAAUGCACGAACCUCAAUCAAUGUUCAGAUACUUUUACUCGCUCUUCAGAGACAAGUCUGAAGUUACUUUCUACGGGAGUGCUGUGGAUAAAGCCUUACAAAGUGAGACAGGAAACCUGGACCUUUUCCUCCGCUUCCUUCUGGGACUCUCACUGGAGUCCAAUCAGAAGCACUUACGAGGUCUACUGACAAAGACAAGAAGCAGCUCACAGAGCCGUGAAGGAACAGUCAAGUACAUCAAGGAGAAGAUCAGGGAGAAUCCCUCUCCAGAGAGGAGCAUCAAUCUGUUCCACUGUCUGAAUGAACUGAAUGACCAUUCUCUAGUGGAGGAGAUCCAAAGCUACCUGAGCUCAGGAAGUCUCUCAGAACACAACCUGUCACCUGCACAGUGGUCAGCUCUGGUCUUUGUGUUGCUGACUUCAGAAAAGGAGCUGGAUGUGUUUGACCUGAAGAAAUACUCCAGAUCAGAGGAAGGUCUUCUGAGGCUGCUGCCAGUGGUCAAAGCCUCCAGAGCUGCUCUGCUGUCAGGCUGUGGAGUCACAGAGGAAGGCUGUGCUUCUCUGGUCUCAGAUCUGGAGUCAAACCCCUCACACCUGAGAGAGCUGGAUCUGAGUAACAAUGACCUGAAGGAUUCUGGAGUGAAGCUGCUCUCUGCUGGACUGGGGAAUCCCCACUGUAAACUGGAGACUCUGAGGUCAGUAUUCCUGUAGUUGGUCAACAAGUGA